AAUAUGACUUUCGUUCACAGUCAGAGUAGCUGCGCAGAGUAGAGAAUACUUUCAAGAGCCUGACACAGACUAUUACCCGGCUGUACAUCAACGCGAUAAUGGCUCAAGCACUGGACAUUGCCCGAUGGGACCUGGAGUGUGAGUUCAACAACACAGACCACCGCACGGAGCUCAACGGGGUGGAGCGCCUCAUCGUGAGAAGGGGCCAGCCGUUCACCAUCAACCUGCACCUCCGCUCGGGCGUCUACCAGCCUGAUGGCAGCGCCCUUGACCUCACCGUAGAGACAGGUCCCCAGCCCUCUGACCAGUAUGGUACACAGGCCUCCUUUGGGCUGACCGACCAAAUCGACACCUCCCACUGGAGCGCCGCCAUCACAAGUCCCCCCGGGAACAUGGUGUCCCUGUCCAUCUGUUCCCCCCCGGACGCGCCCAUCGGACGCUGGCGCCUGACCCUGGGUCAGGGGGGCAGGGUGGACUUUGUGCUGCUCUAUAACCCCUGGUGCACCGGUGAUGUGGUGUACAUGGACAGUGAGGAGAAACUGAGGGAGUACAUCUUGGCUCAAGAUGGUAUCAUCUACCGAGGCAGCUGGAAAUACCCCAUCCCUACACCUUGGAACUAUGGCCAGUUUGAGGAUGGGAUCCUGAAUGCCUGUCUGAGAAUCCUGGAUAUGAACCCGAAGUGCCUGCGUAACCCUGGGAAAGACGCUUCAGGGAGGAGAAACCCAAUCUAUGUGUCCAGAGUCCUCAGUGCCAUGGUGAACUGCAAUGACGACAAGGGAGUCUUGCUGGGCAGGUGGAAUGAUGACUAUGACGGCGGGGUGAGCCCUCUGUCAUGGAAGGGUAGUGUGGAGAUCCUCCGGAACUGGGACACAAAUGCCUGUCAGCCUGUGCGCUUUGGCCAAUGCUGGGUGUUUGCAGCAGUGGCCUGCUCAGUUUCACGAGCCCUGGGCAUCCCUUGUCGACUGGUCACCAACUACAAUUCAGCCCACGACACCAAUAGUGACCUGGUGAUAGAGCGCUACGUGGAUGAGAACGGACAACUUGUUCAGAAGUCCAGAGACAUGAUAUGGAACUACCACUGCUGGGUCGAGAACUGGAUGACCAGACCUGACCUCAAACCAGGUUUUGACGGCUGGCAGGUCAUGGACCCCACUCCACAGGAGAAGAGUGAAGGGGUUUACUGCUGUGGCCCUAUCCCACUGAAAGCCAUCAAGGAGGGCGAGCUCACCUAUAAAUAUGACGCCUCAUUUGUUUUUGCGGAGGUCAAUGCUGACGUGCACACCUUUAUGAAGAGCAAAGAUGGCAGCACGAAGAAGAUCAUCAGCUCCGUCCAAGUGGGGCUGAAGAUCAGCACUAAGAGCGUGGGCAGUGAUAGGAGAGAGGACAUUACACACCUGUACAAGUACCCUGAGGGUUCUGACGAGGAAAGGGAGGCCUUUACAAAAGCCAACCACCAGAACAAACUACUGCAGCAGCAAGACAAUGCUGGCCUGCUUAUCGUCAUCAAGGUUUCCACGGAGAUGAGAAAGGGCUGUGACUUUGACGUGUUUGCCGUGAUUACAAACAACACGCCCAAUGAGAAGAAGUGCCGUCUGGUGUUCGGCUCCAGAGCUGUGUCCUACAACGGCAUUCUGGGAGAGAACUGUGGGUUCAAAGACCUGCUCAACGUACAGUUGGCACCUGGAGAAGAAAAGCGGGUUGCUCUUAGGAUGAACUACUCCAAGUAUGCAGAGAACCUCACUGAGGACAACUUGAUCCGGCUGGCGGCUCUGCUCCUAGACUACAGUACCCAAGAGGCUUACCUCGCUGUGAGGAACGUCGUACUGGUUAACCCCGAGAUCAAAGUCAGGAUCCUUGGGGAACCCAAAGAGAACCGUAAGCUGGCGGCUGAGAUCACUCUGCAGAACCCUCUCCCAGUACCGCUGCAGAACUGCUGCUUCACCGUGGAGGGGUCCAAUCUUACUGGAGGACAGAUCUUCACUGAGAGACUUAACUCCACGGUGGAACCUGGGCAGGAUGCCAAGGUCAAAAUCUACUUCACGCCCACCCACUCGGGCCUAAGGAAACUGGUGGUCGACUUCGAUAGCAAUAAGUUGUGUCACGUCAAGGGCUACAGGAACAUCAUCAUCGGAAAAUAGAGGACCCACCCUGAGCCUACACUCCAUAAAACCUAAUGAGAAAGAAGCCUUGUUACAAAAUGUUUGCAAAGCAACAUAUUGCUGUUCUCAGAUAUAUCUCACUUAUCACCUAUAGUUUUAUACAUUUAUACAUUUUAUAGGAUGUAUAAAUAUUUUGUAUGGAAAGCUUUAAAUUGUAAUACUUUCACAUUUUUGCAUAUUGGUGUCAACAAAUUCAUAUUGUAAAUGAAUAUAUUGACAAUAUAGUGCUACACACCUUUUUAAUAAAUACAUGGAAAAUAACAUAUUUCUAUUUUUAGGGCUCUCUUUUUUGUCAAGAAAAUCCACAAUUUGUUGGGGUUAGAAAUCUGUUCAAGUAAAGCUUAAUAAUGUAAGAUUUGUGUUAUGGUUAUUGAUACAGUAAGUGGCCUAUGUUCUAAAUGAUGUAUUGACAAUGCAUACAUUUUUCAUUAAGGCAAAUCAAGUCUGACAUUUUAAAGGGGAAAUUACACAUUUUAAAAGCCUAAUUAAACCUUGAAUACACUA